AUGUCGUCCUCCCCUAACAUGCUAACUAAGUUCGAGUCCAAGUCUUCUCGGGCGAAAGGUCUUGCCUUUCACCCCAAGAGACCAUGGAUCCUCGUCACCCUGCACUCGUCCACCAUUCAGCUUUGGGAUUAUCGUAUGGGCACCUUGAUUGAUAGAUUCGAAGAGCAUGAUGGUCCGGUCCGUGGCGUCGACUUCCACAGGACUCAGCCUCUCUUCGUCUCCGGCGGCGACGACUACAAGAUCAAGGUGUGGUCGUACCAAACAAGACGAUGCCUCUUCACCCUCAACGGUCACUUGGAUUACGUCCGUACUGUGUUCUUCCACCAUGAGCUUCCUUGGAUCAUCUCUUCUUCGGACGAUCAAACAAUUCGGAUCUGGAACUGGCAGAAUCGCUCGCUGAUUUGCACCAUGACUGGUCACAAUCACUACACGAUGUGCGCCCAAUUCCACCCGAAAGAGGACCUUGUCGUAUCCGCCUCGCUCGAUCAAACUGUCCGCGUUUGGGACAUUUCCGGGCUCCGCAAGAAACACUCAGCCCCUACGUCCAUGAGCUUCGAGGACCAGGUCGCUCGCUCGAACCAAAAUCAAACUGACAUGUUUGGAAACACGGAUGCCGUCGUUAAAUUUGUUCUGGAGGGACAUGACCGUGGCGUCAACUGGGUUGCUUUCCAUCCCACUAUGCCAUUGAUUGUUUCUGCUGGUGAUGAUCGCCUGGUAAAGCUCUGGCGCAUGAGCGAAACCAAGGCCUGGGAGGUAGACACUUGCCGAGGCCAUUUCCAGAAUGCAGAGGGAUGUCUCUUCCACCCUCAUCAAGAUCUGAUCCUCUCAACUGGUGGUGACAAGACUAUCAGGGUCUGGGAUCUCAACAAGAGGACGACAGUUCAAACGUUCAAACGCGAAAAUGAUAGGUUCUGGGUUAUUGCUGCGCACCCCGAAAUUAACCUAUUUGCCGCUGGUCAUGAUAAUGGUGUCAUGGUCUUCAAGCUAGAGCGUGAAAGACCUGCGUCUGCUGUUCACCAGAACACACUCUUUUUCCUCAGUAAGGAGAAGCUCGUCAAGUCCUAUGAUUUCCAAAAGAAUGUUGAGAGCCCGACUCUGCUCUCACUGAAGAAGCUGGGUAGUGCGUGGGUUGCGCCUCGAACUCUGUCCUACAACCCUGCUGAGCGAUCCGUUCUCGUGACGACUCCUGCUGAUGACGGCUCCUAUGAACUUGUCAAUCUCCCAAAGGAGGGCAGUGGUAACAUUGAGCCCACUGAGUCCAAGCGUGGCCCUGGAAACUCGGCCAUUUUUGUGGCCAGAAACAGAUUCGCUGUUCUCAAUCUCUCCACUCAGACUAUUGACAUCAAGGAUCUGUCAAACAACACGACACGUUCAUUCAAAGCGCCACCCGGCACCACCGAUAUUUACUUUGGUGGCACAGGCAACCUGCUCAUCAUCACUGCUACUGCCAUUCAUCUCUAUGAUAUCCAGCAAAAAAAGAGCACAGCUGAGCUGGCAGUCAACGGUGUCAAGUACGUGGUCUGGUCCAACGAUGGUCUUUACGCAGCGCUUCUUAGCAAGCAUAAUGUUACCAUUGUCACCAAGACGCUCGAGCAAGUGAGCACGCUCCACGAGACAAUUCGAAUCAAGAGUGCUACUUGGGACGAUGCCGGGGUCCUUCUGUACUCCACUUUGAACCAUGUGAAGUACACCCUCCUCAACGGCGACAACGGCAUUGUCAGAACGCUGGAUCAGACCGUAUACCUCGUACGGGUCAAGGGACGCAAUGUCUAUUGCUUGGAUAGGUCCGCAAAGCCACGCAUCCUUCAAAUAGACCCUACCGAAUACCGAUUCAAGCUCGCGCUCGUCAAGCGCAACUAUGAGGAAAUGCUUCACAUCAUCCGCAAUUCUAGCCUUGUUGGACAGUCCAUCAUCUCAUACCUGCAGAAGAAAGGCUACCCUGAUAUUGCUCUGCAGUUUGUCCAGGACCCGACCACCCGGUUUGACCUCGCGAUUGAGUGCGGCAACUUGGAUGUUGCGGUAGAAAUGGCCAAGGAACUUGACAAGCACAAAUUCUGGAACAGACUCAGUGUUGAGGCUCUGGCUCACGGCAAUCAUCAAAUUGUUGAAAUGUGCUACCAAAAACUAAAGCAGUUCGACAAGCUCUCUUUCUUGUACUUAGCUACCGGUGAUCAUUCCAAGCUUGCCCGCAUGGCUAAGAUUGCUGAGCACCGGGGCGACUUCACUGCGCGAUUUCAUAAUGCUCUAUAUCUCGGUGAAGUUGAGGAUCGUAUUCAGAUGUUCAAGGAAAUUGACCUCUACCCCCUGGCGUACAUGACUGCCAAGUCUCAUGGCCUGGACGAGGAAUGCCAGGCCAUUUUGGAGGCCACUGGAAUUACGGAAGACCAACUCACUAUGCCUACUCUUGGCAGCCCGUUUGCUCCGCCCAAACCUGUUGUGCCGACCUUCAAGCAAAACUGGCCCACGAAGGCUACAUCUCAGUCGUUCUUUGAGAAGGCUCUGCUUGGCCAAGUGGAAGGUCUUUCUCUCGAAGACAAUACUGAUGCCGCAGCCGGGUUCGACGACGCCAUGGAAGACGUUGGCGCGUCUGCCCAAGGAGCUACCAUUGCUGACGAUGAUGAUGAGGAUGUUGCUGGCUGGGAUAUGGGUGAUGAAGACCUACCUGAGGCUGAUAGCGAUUUUGUGAACGUGGACACUGCCGAUGCUGGAGGUGCCGGUAGCAGCGAAGCCGAUCUGUGGGCUCGCAACUCGCCUCUUGCGGUGGACCACAUUGCCGGCGGUUCCCUUGAGACAGCCAUGCAACUGUUAAAUCGCCAAGUUGGCGCCGUUAGCUUUGCUGCAUUGAAGCCUCGAUUCUUGGAGGUUUACAAGGCGUCUAGAACUUUCCUUCCCGCAUCUGCUGGACUGCCGCCUCUUGUCAACUACGUGCGCCGCACUGUUGAUGAGAGUGAUCCUCGCCAGGUGCUUCCUGUCGUACCUCGGGAUCUGGAAUGUCUGGCUGCCAAUGAGCUGCAGCGUGGUUACGAUUCCAUGAAGGCGAACAAUUUGGAAAAUGGUGUCCAAAUCUUCAAGGGCAUUUUACACACAAUUCUCAUCAACGCUGUCUCGAGCGAAGGUGAGGUUGCCGAGGCUAAGAAGCUCAUCACUUCGGCCAGCGAGUAUGCUGUCGCCAUGAGCAUUGAGCUUGCCAGACGACAACUAGGCACAGCAGAUGUCGUAGCAGGUGAUCCCGAAAAGCUUAAGCGCAGCCUUGAGCUUUCGGCCUACUUCACGAUACCAAAGAUCGAGGUCCCUCAUAGGCAACUCGCCUUACUCAGCGCCAUGCAGCUGGCGAGCAAAAACAAAAACUACAAUAGCGCUUUGAGUUUUGCCAAUCGCAUCAUUGCCAAUGGCGGCGCCAGCAAGAUUGUAGAGACGGCUAAGAAGGCCAAGGCGGCGUGCGAGCGCAAUCCUAACGAUUCUGUUGAUAUUGAGUUUGAUCAAUUUGCAGAGUUUGAGAUUUGCGCCGCCAGCUUUACUCCUAUUUACAGCGGCACGUCGUACGAGCAGUGCGCCUUUGACGGAUCCAAAUACCACUCCAAGUAUAAGGGCACUUUGUGCAAAGUCUGCGAGGUUUGUGAGAUUGGCAAGCAUGGAAGCGGGCUACGACUAUUUGCAUAG